AUGACUAAUAAAAAUAUUGAAAUUAUAAAUGAAAUCAUUAAUCAAACAACACUCUACAUACAUUUAUUAAUCAUCAUUAGCGGAGCAUUUGGUAGUGUUUGCAAUGUUAUUACAUUUAUAUCAAGACAGUUACGUUUUAAUUCAUGUGCAUUUUAUUUUUUAUGUUCAACAAUAUUUGACCUUCUUUAUCUAGUAUUUGGUGGAAUAACACGUCUUAUGUUUGAUCAUUUUUUAAUAUGUCACUUAAUAGAUCGGUUAUACUUUGUCAAUGUCGUGCUUAUCUAAUUGUUGUUUUACCAUCAUUGUCUACUAUGUUCAUAAUGCUCGCAUCGGUAGAUCGAUGUUUAUCAACAUCUACUUGAAGAAAAUGGUGCAAUGUAAGCCGAAUAAAUACGGCUUGGUGUGUGACAAUAGUCACUUUAGUGUUUUCAGUCUUUGCUACUUCUCAUAUACUUUUUUUGUUUGAAUUACGCGCAAAAGAUACCAAUAGCAAUACAUAUAUAUGUGGACCUCAUGAUAAUAUAUACAAAAGAUUUGUUACAAUUUGUUUUUUUUAUUAGUCCAUCCAUAACUUAUACUUAGGGAUAUCCAAAAGUAGUGGCAAUGACAUUUUAUUACCAUAUUUUAGGGUU